AUGGACUGCAGGGCUUCACUGCAGCAUGAGCGGACGGAGCUGGAUAAAGAAGCGGCGUCACAGAUCGCCAAAUCCUACGUCAAGAACCUCACUGCCUUGCAUGACAACGUCUCAGUGAAGUCUUCCAUCCAAGCAGAGGGCGAGACAGCUGCAGUGCAUGAGGAAGCAAAGGAGUACAGUUUGACAGACCCGAAGCAUCUCCAGAACUUCUUGGUCGAUGCCAACAUCCGAUUGGUGCGACUAGAGUACCUUUUCAAGCUUGCAGAUGCCGGCCGUGUCUGGCCACGGCGCCAGGAGGCGGAGAGCGAAGUUUUCGAGGCUGCAGAUGGCACGAUGCGAACAGCAUUGGUGACGAUGGAGGAACUCCAGCGUCCCGGAUUGAUUCUUCAAGCGAAAGACGGCAAAACGUGCGAUGCGACCAUCUUCUCUGUGUCACAUACACGGGAGUCUCAGCAGCACCCUGACCCAUGGCGCUGGCAGCUGCAGAGUCUCCUGCAACAUUGUGAACCGAAAAGACUUGCAGCAGAACUGAUUGGAUUUCAGAUUUGGGUGUUCAUUGAUUUUAUGUGCUUGUAUCAGUACAAGCGCAGCGAGGAGGAACAGCAUGUCUUCCAAAAAGCCAUGAGGUCCAUGCAUUUGCUGUAUUCCCAUCGGUACAUUCGUCACGUGAUUCGUUUGGAGGAGCUGACCCCCGAGAGCGAGAAGUCACUCGAGGGUUCUAUAGACAUGUACUGUGAGGCGACUGGAAAGUUUGAGGCGAGGCCUCUAAGUGAGCUGGUCCUGAACAGCACGCCUUACUCCCAAAGGGGGUGGUGUGUCGCCGAAGUUCAGUGGAUGAGCACGAAAGACAAUUUGCAUGGCUGCUCUCCCAUGUCCCCAGCAGUUUUUCAGGAACGGGUGGCGCGAGGCGAGCAGGGACUGGCGGAUGGGUUGCGCUUGAAAUUUACACACCGGUCUGACGCGAAGCUGGUGAGUCAACUGCAGGAGGAAGUCUUUCUGCAGCAUGCCAGGCAGCGCAAAGUACUUAUAGCACAUUCCUUGCCUCAGCACGAGGUGUCGAUGUUGGCGACAGCAUUGCCACAUUUCGUGAACUUGGAACAGCUCACCAUCUUUUCGCCUGCAGAAGACUUCAACUUCGGGAACAGCAUUCUGGAACUGGCACGCGGCCUUGACCGUCUUCGUCCUGAGAAGCUAGCUUGCUUGGAAGUGGGGGGGGAUGGGAUUGGUGAUUCCGGUGCUGCAGCUCUUGCCGCUGCAGUCGCCAAGUGCAAGGAGCUAUCAUGGCUUUACAUAGCCAGUGACGACAUCGGAGAUGCUGGGGCAGCAUCUCUCGCUGCAGCAGUUCUGGAAUGCAAGAAGCUGACCCGCUUCGAGCUCCGCGAGUGUCACAUGAUCGGGGAUGUGGGGGUAGCAGCUCUGGCGGCAGCGAGCCUAGCAGCCCCAUGGGUAGAGUUCGCGAUGGGACAACAUGUUUCACAGCUUGCUCAUCGGCUGAAUCACAAGUGGGGCAAUCGUACCCAAGGUUUUAUCAUAGAUUUCGAAUGA